AUGGCGCCCGCUAAGGAGGACCAGUCUAAUAACCAAAGCCUGAGCGAUUCAGAUAUUCACCAUCAAGACGAACAGUUUCCUGAUGACCCACCGCCGUCAAACCCUUCGGAUUUGCGGACUCUCAAAGAGGCAGUGAGAGCUCGCAGAGCUGAAUAUGUUCGACCCCGCACCAUUCGUAUCAAGGUGGGCACGUGGAAUGUUGCCGCAAUUUCCGGCACUGAAAGAGACAUUGGGAAAUGGUUCGUGGAAGGAAAAGAAAUAAUCCGCCAUUCUGUUGUCGAGCGAGAUGCACCAGAAGAGCAUCUCCAAGAGGAAUCCCAGACCGGGCAUAGAAAGCCGGAAUCGACACGGGGAAACCCUGAAGGUUAUUCAGCAUCGGAUGUGGGAAUAUAUGUAUUAGGACUGCAGGAAAUUGUUGACGUCUCAUCGCCAUCGGUAUUGAGCCCUUUCGUCGAUCCGGGACCGUCUACUCGCUGGAAAGAGGCAGCGCAGAAAGCUCUCCCUGCGGGGUAUGAGCUUGUUGCCGAGUCUCAAUUAGUAGGGAUUCUACUCUUGAUAUAUGCGGCACCGAACGUUGCUCCAACUAUUUCGUCUGUUAGUUCAUCUACUGUAGGGACUGGGUUGAUGGGAUAUGUUGGAAAUAAGGGGGCUACAGUAACGCGUCUCGUGCUUGGGGAAACAACAAGUAUGGUGUUUGUCAAUUGUCACUUGGCUGCCGGCGCCGACAAGGGUAGUCUCGAACGACGAAAUUGGGAUGCUUCUCAGAUCAUAACUCGGACAAAAUUUAGUUCUGUUGAUCCCGAUAACGAGGUUUCUGCCGAUGUUGACGACAGUAUCGGUAGUGAAGAUUUUGGAUUCUGGUUUGGGGAUCUCAAUUACCGACUCGAUGACAUUCCAGGUGACGACGUCCGUCGUCUACUUAUGUUGCAUACCCAAAAUGAUUACGAUGCAAGGCAUAAUUCAAAAACUCAAGCAUCGUCGAAAUCAUCGCAAGAUCUGAGUAUCUCACCGUCUACGCCGACUCUAAAGGAAGGGCAGCUGUCUGAACCGACAGCAAUGGUGGACACCAUGGACCCGUCCGUGGAUCCAUCAUCUCUUCUAACAACUUUGAAUUCCUUGCUGCCUCAUGAUCAACUCCGAACCCAGCAACUGAAGGGAAAAGUUUUCCAUGAAGGGUGGAGAGAAGGGGAAAUACGAUUUCUACCUACCUAUAAGUAUGACGUUGGUAGUAUUUCUAUGUUCGAUACGAGUGAAAAACAGCGUGGCCCAAGUUGGUGCGACCGUAUACUAUAUAGAUCAAAGAGCGAUCGCAUCAAUUAUGAUAGACAGGUCAGAGAAGCAGAAGAAGCGCGAAAGAGAGACGAAGAGAUGAAGGCACGGGGCAUAGACAAGGCUGCGGAGGACGAGAAUGUUUUAUUCGAUUACAACCCAGAAACAGACGGCGCGCAUGAGGAUGAGUACAGAGAGGAUGAUAGGGCUUCUCAAUUCUCCUCGACACGUUCUGACGGGACAGACGGCCAUGAAGAUCCCAUUACAUUAACCCAUUAUACAUCUCACCAGGGGAUCCUUUCAUCUGAUCACAAACCGUUAGACGCUGCUUUCGUGCUUACAUAUGAUGCUGUGAUUCCAGAGCUCAAGAGAAAGGUCUGUCAGGAUGUCGUGAGAGAAUUGGAUAAGGCAGAGAACGAGGCCAGGCCAGAUUUGACCGUGAUUGUUGACAAUCAUCAUGAGGAACUGGACGAAGCACACCGCGAUAUAGCGAAGGACCAGAAUGCAAUCUACUUCGGUGGCGUACCUUUUGGCGUACCGGUGAGUAGGACUGUGACUGUUGCCAAUACUGGUGCUGUACCUGCAACCUUCUAUUUCACGUCGAGACUUGUUGCAGAUCCUUUACAGACUAGAGACAAUCCGCCUCCAUGGCUCGAAGUUCGAGUUGAUUGGCCUAAAGACGAAAAGAAGAAAGACGAGAAAGAGGAGCAUCAAGACAAAUAUACCCUCGCACCGGGAGACUCGGCGACUGUGGACGUGACAGCGCGUGUGAAGCAAAUAGACUAUGUGAGGGCUUUGAAUGACGGCACAGCUAAAAUCGAGGAUAUUUUGGUGUUUCGAGUAUCGGGUGGUCGGGAUCAAUUCAUUCCAGUGUACGGCAAAUGGCUACCAACAUGCUUUGGCCGAUCAUUGGAAGAACUCACACAUAUCCCCGAGGCCGGCGUUCGUAGUCUGGGAACUGCAUCUCAAUCGGAAGCUGGAAAAUCUGCAAAAGCCGUCCGCUUAUCUGCUCCGCGAGAGUUAUUUCGUCUGACAGAAGCAAUCUCACGUCUCACGGAACGAGCUGUUGCUGAAUGGGGCAUGAUGAAAGGAGACUCUGAUGGUGAAAAACCCCCUUGGCUAUCCGAGCCUCACGGGCUUGGGUGGCCAUUCGACGGUGAAUCGUGGACGUUUGAAGACGCAGAGAAACGAGCACCACUGCUCUUUAGUGUCCGCGAGGCUCUUGACACUGGAAGCUCCCUGGGCUCCAUAUUUCCCCCAGAAGUACCGUCGCUACCACGACUAGAAAUAUUUGCGGAAACACUUGUGUCGUUUCUGCAGUCUCUCAAGGAUGGAAUCAUCAAGGCCGAUACUUGGAAACACAUGGAGCAGCAAUUGGUGGCACGAGAAAGGUCCAAAAAUCCAUGGCAUUCACCGGAAGAGCUCCAAGUUUGGGUCCUUGACACUCUCGCUCCUGCACCUGUACACAGUGUCUCGUUCACCUUUCUGACAUUUAUGUUGACACAAAUCAUCAACGAGGUUGCUCCUGCAUCGAACCCAGCGGUUCUACCUGCAACACUCGAUCCACCAGCUCCACCAUCGCAAACCGAUCCUAAUAUCCCACCUGAGCAAAGCGCUCCCCGGGUUUCCUCCGAAGUUCGUUCGAGACGAAGCACUGUAACACUGACAUCGUCCGACUCCAAGGACAAAAAAGCCCAUCUCUUCGAAAACCCGAUGGAGAAACGACGUGACGCAGUUGAGCGGACGCUGUCGUCGCUAUUUGCGAACCUCAUGAUCUCUUCAUCCGUACAUGCGCCAUUGAAAGAGAAAGAGCGUCUUGCGUGGGAAGAACGGAAACGGAUUGUGGUACAGGCCUUUUUGCAGCCCACGAUCACACCUAAUCUCGAGGCGGGCAUUGCAGCUGAACCUGCUGAUGAACAGAGGCAGUCUACGGUGCAGGAAUAG